AGAGAGGCAAAAAGGAGAUUCCCAGGAAAAAAAAAAGGCUUGUCCUUUAGAGAGAGAGAAAGAAAGAACGAGAGAUUUCACAGAGUAGAAUUUCAGGAAAGGAGUUUCUUAAAACCCUAGUUGAUUUGAAAUCGAUCUGGGUUUUGAAUUUGGGGAAAAUAAAGGUUAGGGUUCUGAAAUUUGACAUUCUUUAGAUUAGAAAUCAUAGAUCUAAAUUUCAGCUACAGAUCAGAGAUCCAGAGUCUAUCUUUACUAGAUAUUUCAAGCUGAUUUAGUAGUGAUGAUGGAAGAAGCGAAACCCUCUAAUAGUAGUAGCUCUCAACAGGAAGAGAUUGAUCCAAUGGAAGCUCGAUUCACAGCUCUUUGCAAGAGUGGGUUAACAUUAGAAGAAAAGAUGGCAACCCAAGCUAUGAAUUUGUUUAAGGAAACUAAACACCUUUUAUUAGCUAAUAUCUCUAGUAUUGGAGGUGGAACGCCUGAGGAAGUGGAAAGGUUUUGGUUUGCUUUCAUAUUAUAUUGUGGGAAGAGGUUAAGUGAGUCAGCAUCACCACCACAAGACAAGGAUCAAAACGGGCUUACUUUAUGUCGGAUAUUGAAAGCGACGAUGCUCAAUGUCAAAGAUUUCUUCAAAGAGUUGCCACAGUUUCUUCUCAAGUCAGGUCCGGUUAUUAGCAAGUUGUAUGGUGUAGAUUGGGAGCAGAGAUUAGAGGCCAAAGAGUUGCAGGCCAACAUUGCGCACUUGAUUGUUCUCAGCAAGUACUACAAGCGUUUAUACCUACAGUUCUUCUUGACAAGCGACGAGAUACAGUCAGAUGUUGCAUGCGACGAUAAGCAGUCAGCUGUUGCAAACAACGCAGGCCCUGUGUCAAAUUACCAUCGUUUUGGAUGGUUGCUUUUCUUGGCACUUCGAGUCCAUGCUUUUAGCCGCUUCAAGGAUCUCGUGACUUGUACUAAUGGAUUGGUAUCGAUAUUGGCUAUCCUGAUUCUUCAUGUUCCUGUGCAUGUCAGGAAAUUCUCUUUUGAUUCCGAGAUGUUUGUUAGAAAAGACAAUAAAGGUGUUGACGUUCUUGCAUCUCUUUGUAAAAUGUAUGAGACAUCGGAAGAUGAGCUGCGGAAAACAAUGGAGAAAACUAAUGAUUUGAUAGUGGAUGUUUUGAAGAAAACCCGCUGUUCGGCAUCACAAUGUAAAACUAAAAAUUUAGAAAAUGUUGACACAGAAGGUUUGACCUUUUUUGAAGAUUUAAUGGAAGAAUCAUCUUUUUCAUCUAGUCUGAUGAUUCUGGAAAGGGACUAUGAAAUGAAUAAUAAGUGUGAUCUGGAUGAAAGGGUAUUUGUGAAUGACGAGGAUAGCCUACUUGGCACAGGAAGCUUGUCUGGAGGCGCCAUUAGUAUCACCGGUGUUAAGAGGAAGUUUGGUUCAAUGGCCUCUCCAGGGAAGACAGUGACAAGCCCACUCUCACCCCCUUGUUCUCCUGCUCCUUCUGUAAAUGGUCAUCUUGGUGGUAAUAACACAAAGAUGGCACCUACACCAGUAAGUACUGCUAUGACUACUGCGAAGUGGCUUCGUACUGUCAUUUCCCCACUUCCUUCAAAACCUUCGGCAGAGCUGGAGCGGUUUCUUUCAUCUUGUGACAAGAAUGUAACUGAUGAUGUGAUACAUCGAGCACAAGUAAUAUUGGAGGCAAUCUUUCCUAGAAGUGCCUUAGGAGAGCGAUGUACCACGGGGAGCCUGCACAGUGCAAAUCUGAUGGACAGCAUAUGGGCCGAACAGCGAAGAAUGGAAGGUCUAAAAUUGUACUAUAGGGUUCUGGAAGCAAUGUGCAGAGCAGAAUCUCAAAGAUUGCACGGUAGUAACUUGACCUCAUUAUUAACCAAUGAGAGGUUUCACCGAUGCAUGCUUGCUUGUUCAGCUGAAUUGGUUUUGGCCACCCAUAAGACAGUUACGAUGUUAUUCCCUGCUGUAUUGGAGCGAACUGGUAUUACAGCUUUUGAUUUGAGCAAAGUGAUAGAAAGUUUCAUUAGGCACGAAGAAUCUCUUCCGAGAGAGUUGAGGCGACAUCUAAAUUCUUUGGAGGAGCGGUUGUUGGAGAGCAUGGUAUGGGAAAAAGGCUCCUCAAUGUACAACUCUUUAAUUGUUGCAAGGCCUGCCCUGUCUGCAGAAAUUUAUCGCCUAGGAUUAUUAGCGGAACCCAUGCCAUCCCUGGAUGCAAUUGCCAUGCAUAAUAACGUUUCAUAUGGAGGCUUGCCACCACUACCUUUCGUACACAAGCAUGAAACUACAACAGGUCAAAACGGAGAGAUGAUGUCCCCAAAGAGAGUGUGUGGUGAGUAUCGAAAUGUACUAGGUGAACGGAACUCCUUUACAUCGCCAGUGAAGGAUCGUUUAUUGGUUAAUAGUCUUAAGUCGAAGUUGCCACCAUCACCAUUUCUGCAGUCUGCUUUUGCUAGCCCAAACAGACCAAACCCUGGAGGUGGGGGUGAAACAUGUGCAGAGACAGGGAUUAAUGUUUUCUUUAGUAAGAUUCUGAAGUUGGCAGCUGUCAGAAUCAAUGGCUUGGUUGAAAGGCUGCAAGUUUCUCCGCAAGUUCGGGAAACUGUUUACUGUUUCGUUCAACAAACCCUUCGUCAGCGAACGUCAAUCUUCUUCAACCGACAUAUUGACCAGAUUAUACUUUGCAGUUUAUACGGGGUUGCAAAGAUUUCCCUUUUAAACUUGACGUUUAAAGAAAUCAUUUACAACUACAGGAAGCAACCACAAUGUAAACCUCAGGUUUUUCGCAGUGUGUUUGUCGACAGAUCAUUAACACGUUUUAAUGGGAAACCAGGGCAGGAGCAUGUGGAUAUUAUUACGUUUUAUAAUGAAGUGUUCGUUCCGGCCGUGAAGCCUCUAUUAAUGGAGAUUGGCCCUGCUAGUGCAUCACUAAACACACAUCGGAUUCCUGAAACUAACAGUAGCACUGAUUCUCAAUGUCCUGGAUCACCUAGGGUAUCUACAUUUCCAGCUCUUCCUGAUAUGUCUCCGAAGAAAGUUUCUGCAGCACAUAAUGUUUAUGUAUCUCCACUACGGUCUUCAAAGAUGGAUGCUUUGAUAACGCACAGCUCUAGGAGCUAUUAUGCUUGUGUUGGAGAGAGCACUCAUGCUUACCAAAGUCCUUCCAAGGAUCUGACUGCCAUCAAUAAUCGUUUGAAUGGCAAAAAAGUGAAUGGAAGGCUCAAUUUUGAUGAGGGUGGUGGCCUGGUGAGUGAUUCGCUUGUAAUGGGGAGUCUGUAUCUUCAAAACGGCAAUUGUGCAACCCCUCCCACUGGUGCUCUGAAUUCACCGCCUACACUCAUGAAGACUGAACAGCCAGAUAACUAAUUCUGACACGUUUGACCCGUCCCUCUAUGUAAAUUCUGCUAUUUCUCCUAGCAGCCUUUUUAAUUUGUUUUGAUUUCUAGCUUUAGUUGAUUCUAACCUUAUACCUGAUUACUGGGUAUUGUGUGAGCGGCUAAGUGCAGUAAGAAAGGUCGCCGCCAACUGCCCCAAGUCUGUAAUUUUAGUUUUCUCAAUAAAAGUAUUCCCACUUCUAACUAA